AUGAUAGGCCAAGUUUUGAAAGGUCAAGGAUUUUUUGUGAGGCAGUGGGCUUGGUGCAUCUGGAGGUCAGGGGAUGGUCUAGCCCUGGAGGUCCUACCCAAAGGAAAACAUGAGAGAAAUUUUCUCUCCACCAUUUUAAAUGGUAUGGAGGAUGAUGGACCAAGUUUCGAGAUACUAGGAAUUUUUUAUGAAACAGUCACAAAAGAUGAUGGACCGAGUUUUGAGACACCAGGAAUUUUUUAUGAAGUACACCUGAAGGUCAGGAAGUGGUCUGGACUGGAGGUCCCAUGCUGUGGUGAACACACAAACAACUUUAUUCCCACCAUUUUAAAGGUCAUUGAAGAUGAUGGACCAAGUUUUGAAAGGCCAGAUAUUUUUUGGGUGGUCUUGACACCAGAGGGUAUAGAAGAUGAUGGACCAAGUUUUGAGACACCAGGAAUUUUUUAUGAGAUGAUGAUGCACCAAGUUUCGAAGGACAAGGAAUUUUUUGUGAUGUGGCUACAAAAAAUGAUGGAUCAAGUUUCAAAAGGGCAGGAAUUUUUGCAAGGUGAUGAUGGACAAAGUUUUAAGACGCUAGGAAAUUUUUGUGAGGUGGUGGGCUUGGUGCAUCUGGAGGUUUUUGAAGAUGAUGGACCAAGUUUCAAAAGGCUAGGAAUUUUUUAUGACAUGGGGGUAGUCUUGACUGGAGGUCCCAUGCUAAAACUCCCAAACAACAUUCUCCCCACCAUUAUGAGGGCCACAAAAGAUGAUAAGCCAAGUUUCAAAAUGCCAGGGUGGUCUGGCACUGGAUGUCCUACACUGAAGAAAACAUGA